AUGGCCACCCUUGAAACUCUCAAGAAGGCUCUUCGGGAGUCAGCUGAGGGUGCAGAGCUGUCGACCCUAAAGCAGCCCUUGUCAGAUGCACAGUACAGCGCGGGCUUCGACGUCCUAACGCAUGGCGCGGGAUGGAUGAGCUACGAAGACUUCAUCAUCCCUCAAACAAUACGACUCCUCGGCCCUCUCUUCGCCUCUCACCCCCAAGUAUCAGUCCUCGAGGUCGGCCCAGGCCCAAGGACACUCCUGGGCUAUCUCCCGCUCCAACUGAGACGGAAGGUCAGGAAGUACAGGGCUUAUGAGCCCAACGGCCUUUUUGCUGCACAAUUGAAAGAGUCUCUCGGUCACAAUUCGGAGAGCGGAUCACCUCUGCCCAACUUGAAAAGCCCCGAAAUCUGUCAACGAUCAUUCGAUUCCGAGGAUGCCCAUGCAAGCCACGCUGAUACAAGCGGUAGUCGGACGGUCGACGAGGCACGAGACAAGUACGACGUGAUCCUCUUCUGCCACAGCAUGUAUGGCAUGGAGGAUAAGCACAUGGUCAUCAGACAGGCGCGGAAAAUGCUCAGAUUCCUGUGGGAUCAAAGAGGGUUGAUUUUGGUUUUCCAUCGCGACAACGGGGCCCUUCACUUCGAGGAUCUGGUCGCCCAUCACACGACAUCUUUCCCGACCGGAGUGGUCAGCGUGCCCGACGACGACAAGAAAUUGGACACAUUCGCGAAUUUCAUAGCCGGCUUUUCGAUGCAGAGCGAUACGGAAGCGGGCAAUGCGAUACGGGCCGCGUGGCGCAAAGUAUGCCGCACCCUGGGCCGUCGCGAAGGAGCUCAGCCGGGGCGUCUCAUGUUUAGCUCGCCGGAGCUCAUGGUGGCAUUUUCCAAUCAUGCGGCCUGCUUGAGAACACUGACCAGAACGGUCCCUCUGGCACCGAACGAUCGAAUCAUCAAGAACCGCGAGGCACUCCUCCGCCAUCCUGCCCCCGUCCUCAAGCCGACCACGAUUGAACAAAUUCAAGAGGUAAUCGGCUAUGCUUUGGAUUACGGCUUCGGCCUAACCGUCAUCGGCGGUAGCCACAGUGGCCAAUGUCUUUUACCCAGCGUCGUUGCGGUUGAUAUGAGCGGAUUCAACCAAGUACACAUCGUCAAGGAAGGGCACAGUGGCGAAGGCUCCAGAGCCGGCGCCGUGGUUGUAGCUGAGGCCGGCUGCACAACACAAGACAUCAUUCGGAAGACAAUUGCAGUAGGAAUGACAGUGCCCCUUGGUUCCCGACCGAGCGUGGGCGCUGGAAUGUGGCUACAAGGCGGGAUCGGGCACCUGGCAAGGCUGCACGGACUCGCAUGCGAUGCCGUCGUGGGAGCCGUGAUAGCCAGCGUCGAGAACGAAGAUCGCAUCUUCUGUAUCGGGGAUGUCCCGAGCCAACACCAACCGGUAGGCGCGGUCCGCCCAGAGAAUGAGGCUGAACUUUUGUGGGCUAUCAGAGGCGCCGGAACGAAUUUCGGCAUCGUGCUCAGCGUGACGUUCCGGGCAUUUGCGGCUCCUACCUAUCGGAUCAGGGACUGGACUUGCAGUUUGGAGGGCAGAGACGACGCAGCGAACAAGAUUCACAGCUUCGACGUAGACAUCGCCAAAGAUGCUCCUCGAAACAAAUCUGCCGAUUUGUUCUUGUACUCGGAGAAUGGCGAGCUGCGCCUGACCGCAGCAAUGUUCGCGUCGUCAACGGAAAGCGACGAUCCAAGCCUGGACACAACCUUGUCGACCUUGGACAGCGGUGUGGGUUCAGUUGGUAAUGUCAAAACCGUGGACGGUAUUGAGCUGUUCGGCGCGGAGACGUACAUGUCGAAGAUGCAUGGUGGCCAUGGCGGUGGAAAGACCUCAUCUUUCAAGCGGUGUAUCUUUCUAGAACACAUAGGCGAAGGCGUCGCUAACCACCUCGUGGCGGCUAUCGAGAAUCGACCCUCACCCCUUUGUUACCUCCACCUCUUGCACGGCGGCGGCGCAGUCAGCGAAGUUGGGGUUGAAGCAACUGCUUUCGGCUGUCGAGGAUGGAAAUUCGCCUGCGUUAUAACUGGAGUUUGGUCUCGUGAACAAGAUGGCACUGACGUUGCAAGAAGUGUCACGCAAUGGGUCUACGAUGUCGCCGUGAUUUUACUUUCUCUGAGUCAAUCACGAGGUGCUUACGGCACGGACCUUGGACCGGACCCAAGAGACCUUCUGUUGGCAAGCAAGGCCUUUGGACCAAACGCGCAACGGCUGGCCCGUCUAAAACGCCUCAUGGACCCGCGGGACGUGCUAAGAUACGCCUGUCCACUACCAAAAACGCGCGUCGAUCAGAAGAUCAUCGUUCUUGUCACGGGAGAGAGCUGCGCUGGAAAGGACUUCUGCGCAGAUGUGUGGGCUUCCGUUCUUUCUCGGCCCAACGUCACCCAUCAUGAACAGAUCACCACGUCGGUAGCCAGCAUCAGCGAUGCUACCAAGCGAGACUUUGCGGUAGCCACGGGAGCCGACCUUCGCCGUGUGCUGUGGGACCGUGUUUACAAGGAGCAACACCGAGAGGACUUGACAGCAUUCUUCAAGAGGCAGCUGAGGGAGCGACCCAAUUUGCCCCAGGAGCAGUUCCUGAGAGUGGUACGCGGCGCGGCGGAUGUCGAUGUGUUGUUCAUCACUGGGAUGAGAGACGAGGCCCCACUCGCGACCUUCUCGCAUCUCGUACCAGAGUACAAGAUCAUCGAAGUCUACGUCGAAGCGUGCGACCAGAAACGACGGCUUCGCAAAGAGGGCAAAGGUGACGGCAGUCACACCACCCCAGUGAAUGACAAUGACAUCCAGUCCCCACCCGAGUCUCUCUCCUACCGCCCCAGUCUGACCUUCAGGAACGAAAUGGCCGGGGCUGAUGAGGCAGAGGAAUUUGCCAAACGAAAUCUGCUCCCCUUCCUGAACGAGGACCUGCAGAGACUGGCCAACAUGGUGCGCACGGUAUCCGGCUUCCCGCGCGAAAAUGUGGACUUGCGCCACGUGCUCGGCAUCCCCCAGCAGCUGAAUGGGCUGCCACUCUGCGUCUCGCUGCUGCGAGACCGCUUCCUCGGCGAAUGGGGCACCGUGGACUGCAUCGUCUGCUGCGAGAGCGGCGGCUUCAUCUUCGCGGCUGCGCUGGCCCAGGAGGUGAAGCGGCCCAUGCUGGUGAUCCGCAAGGCUGGUAAGUUGCCGCCGCCCACCGUUUCUGUCGUCAAGGGGCCAUCGUUCAUCUCGUCUGCGACGCCCGCCCAUGCGACGGAGGAGCGUCUCGAGUUGGAGGUGGGAAAGGUCCCCCAAGGCGGGUCAGGUUCGAUUGUGGUGGUGGAGGAUGUGCUUGCCACGGGUGAGACGCUUCACGCGGUGCUCCGAUUGUUGGAUCAGGCCGGCGUUGGUGCCGGGCGUGUCCACGUCAUGGCUAUUGCCGAGUUCCCUCUUCACAAGGGUCGGGAGCUGUUGCAUCGAAAUGGAUUCGGCCGAGCCAGCAUCCAGAGUCUUCUGGUCUUCGGCGGCGCUUAG